CAAAAACUUAACUUUACUCUUUCAAACUACGACAAUUUUCAUGGCUCAAAUAAUUUUCGAUAAAACUAUAAAAUUUUCCAAGAAAUAAGUCCUUAUGUUUCACAGAAAGUUAGAAUGGACUUAAGACGAGGAAAUUCGUUCGGAAAUGGCCUGUUGUACACGGGAUUUAACCAAGACCAAGGUAGGUUUCACAGCGAGAUGCCACGUUCAGGAGUGGUAAUUAUAAUCUCCUGUUCGGAAUUUUGGCAUUUGUGAGCUUCGUGUUGUAGUUACUGUAUUUUAUAUCGGGAUUUGUGUUUCAAGGUUGUUUCGCCUGUGGAAUGGAGAAUGGUUUUCGUGUUUAUAAUUGCGAUCCUUUGAAGGAGAAAGAGCGUCAAGGUAUAAAAGUAUUACUAUGUUUAAUGCGUGAUUAUUUGAAGUAAUUGGUAAUAUAUUUUUAAUGACUAAUUAAUAACCUAAUUAAUAUAUUUGUGUGUAUUGUUAGGGGGUGACCAUUAGAUACCCUGGAGGGUGUGCGUGUGUGUGUGUGUGUGUGGGGGGGGGUUUGUAGAUACCCCCAGAAAAAUUCAUGCAAAGAACUUUGGGAAAUGAUUUAUAUUGACAUUAUACUCUUACAAAAAGAUUAGCAAAGUUGGUGCCGGGAGCAUUGCAACUUACUGACACUGUGAAAAGAUUGUAUCACCGAACCGAGGUCUCGACCAAACAGUUCUGCCAUUCUUGAAGUUUUGAAAUCUUUGGUGUGCACUUUGCCAAUUUCCAUCCUCACUGGAUGGAUAUGGUUAACACAUUACUGUCCUAAAUAUUCCCCUUGACAAGUAAAAUUGUCUAUUGUGAGGCAGAGUAAUAUAAAAAAAAGUAUUAGCUUGUCAUAUUUGCAUUACAGCUUAAUAGCUUAAUUAACCCAUUGAGUAGAAGCACUCUCCCCUUGACAAGUAAAAUUGCCUGGCAUUAAACAGUGUAAGAUAACAAAGUAGAACACAUUGCCACUUAAAGGGUUAACAGGGAUGCAUUGGUUUGAUUAACCCAUUGAGUGACAGCACUUUCCCCUUGAUGAGUAAAAUUGUCUGGUUUGUCCAAUGGUAAACAGCAGGGCGUGAAAUAACGGCCGGUCAACGGACAAUGUCCGGCCAGAAUGCGGAAUUGUCCGCUCAAAUUCUUACCUUGCCGGUCAUUUUGACCGAUCACUUUCGGUAAAAAAACAAACAACUGAUCUUCAUUUGAAUUAAUAAUCAAAACAAAGUUGUCAAGCAUUAUAAUUAAGAACCAUAACAUGUUGUCCAAUAUCUAACAACUGAUCUUCAUUUGAAUUAAUAAUCAAAACAAAGUUGUCAAGCAUUAUAAUUAAGAACCAUAACAUGUUGUCGAAUAUUUUACGGGAAAAGAACUUCAAUGUACGCCAGCUUUCCCACGCAGUACGUCACAAAGCCCAUGACCAUGCUUUUGGCUUAAAGAGUUAAUUAAGGCCAUGGUUUUAGUGCAGUGUGCAAGUUGUUUUAUGUGAAGGAGUUUUUAAUUACUGAUUACAGUAAGGCUCAGUUUUUGUAAUGCUAUACUGGGAAAAUAGUCACAUUUUUAGGGGUAUACUUUACUAUGCUUUAAGCUGAAUAAUUUGACCGGCCAGAAAUUCGGUAUGUCCGAGCUAAAAUUGAAUUGGUCGGUCACCUUGACCGGCGAUCCUCCAGCCGUUAUUUCGCGCCCUGAACAGAGGUGAUAAUAAUAAAGUAGGAUGCAUCAUGGCACAUUGCCACUUUGUCUAAUGCCAGACGAUUUUACUCGUCAGGGGGAAAGCAGACCUCUCAACUCUCACGCAUUCGGCGUGAGUCUCACGCAAUUCACUCUCACGCCACAAUUAAUAAAUCUCACGCAUAUAGCAGUUUCAUAGUAUUUUUUUCAAUAAUAUAAUAUUGUACUCUUAAAUGCACAUUAUUAAUCAUUAUACGGAUCGCGAGUCGAAUAUAUAAUCGCUUGUUCUUGUGCCUGCAUAUACGGCCCGACAAUUUUCCUGCAAUUUGGAUACAAAAUAAUAAUACGCAUAUGUAAAUAUGGCGGACAAAAGGCAGAAUCAGUCCGAGCAGAAUUCUAUAUGUAAAUUAUCAAAGGAAAAUUAAAGCUGAUUACUGUAUGUCACAGAAAUACAGUUAUUGUAAUUAGAGAGCCUUGUCUUAAAGGAUGUUAUGAAGCAAUGUAUUUCAUUAAAAAACACCAACUCUCAUGAUGUAUGACAUGCCAUUUCAGACCCCCGGACGUUUACAAAGGUGCAUGGCAUCCACAUCCUCAAUCUCACUCUUAACUUCUCUGCAAAGUUGAGAUGUCUGGGAAAGUACUGCCACUCAAUGGGUUAAUCAGACUAUCUGCCCAUGCACCCUGUUAACCCUUUAAGUGGCAAUGCGCCCAGAUGCGCCUUACUUUAUUAUUUUACUCUGUCUAACGCCAGAUGAUUUUAUUCAUAGGGGGAGAGUGCUGCCACUCAAUGGGUUAAAGGGUUAACUAGGAUAUCUAUGAUUUGUAUUAAAACAGUUUUCUUUUCUCAGAUUUUGUGGACGGAGGUAUCGCGUUUGUGGAGAUGCUCUUCAGAUGUAAUUAUGUUGCUUUAGUAGGGGGUGGAAAAAAUCCCAAAUACACUCCAAAUAAAGGUACCGGUACACUCGAUCUACUAUAAUCUAUAUUUAUUUCAUUUUGAUUAAUAAUUUUUGACACAUUUUGAUAACAAUAUGUGAAAAUAAACACUUAUCUACUUUUUAUUGAAGUUAUUAAGUAAAUUGUGUACCUUUUAGUUUUGAUUUGGGAUGACCUAAAGAAGUCUAUUGUUAUUCAGCUGGAGUUUUCCAGUGAUGUCCGUGCUGUGAAGCUUCGCAGAGACAGGUAAGUACACACACACACACACAAACUAAGGAUACAGUGAAUAACAGACGACAUAUUCUGAUUGUUAUAUUACUUUGUGUUGUAGGAUUGUAGUUGUUCUCGACACAAUAAUCAAAGUUUUUACAUUCACACAAAAUCCACAGCAACUUCAUGUCUUUGAAACGUCGCCAAAUGCUAAAGGUAUUCUCAGAUUAAAUAAUGGCUGGAAACCGUCGUACCUCCUGUAAGCAGACACCCUCAGAACUGAAUCGUGGUGUUCACUUAUAGGAGGUUGUCCUCUCAUUAGAGAUUCAGUUUAUCCAGUUUCUCAAUCAUUGGUGAGCGGAUUUUACAACAGGCUAUUGACCAAUUGGCCUUUCUCAUGCCGCCAUUUUUGGGUGGCUUUUCAGCCGAAGUCUGCAAGAUAAGUCCAUAUAACAGCGACUUUUUAUCAUUUUUUGGACGAAUGAUGGUAAAUUUGCUUUGUAAAUGGCUAGGUUAUUUUGAAAAAUCGCUUUUCACAUUGUUUUAAUUGUCUGCAUUGAUUAAGGCGUAAAAUAAAAUACCUGUGGUUCCAGUUCCCGACCGACCCUAUUUUUUUCUGCUGACCCUAUUAUUUUUUCAACGCAAUUGACCUACCGACCCUAUUUUCUCCAGGUGGUUGCGGGCUGCCCAUACAGCGUGCCAAAAUGGCGUCUGUUGUCACACUAAAUAUUGAACCAAAUUGCCUAAAUCCGUCCAUAGGAAAUAUGCAUCUCUAGUUAAUAUUGAUGUCGGGACUCUACUGCAAAUCGCCCAGCAAAAACCCGCCAAAACCAUGAAAAAAAUAUUCCAAAGAAAAUUUAUUUCCGACCUACCGACCCUAAUUUUUUCACGAUAUGAAACCGGAACCACAGGUAUUUUUUUUACGCCUUAACAAGAAUUAGAUGCCACCCAAAAAUGGCGGACAUUCGUCAUUGUGAGAAAGACUAAUUGAUAGGGGAUCUGAUAUACCUACGAUUUAAACGUCCUUACCCGAGAAGACGCGAAAAUCAUUUACUAAUCUCAAUGUAAAGGUAGCAUUUUCUCCUCAAUUAUUUGAAGACCUUGAGUAGAGGUCCGACAAAGGAUUGAACCCAGGUUGAAACGCAAGCAUGGUGAUCACAACACCACAAGUGCUGUGCUGGUAAAUGAUUCGUUAGUAUUUAAUUAAUAAUUGUUCAUUCUACUGCAAUACUACAGUGUAUCUAAUGGUAGACUAAAUAUUUAUCACCAAAUUAACAAUACAUUUUUGUUAUUCUUGAUAGUAAACCUAAUAAACACGUACUGUAUAUAAUUAAACUGUACUUUACCUUAUUAUAGGUCUGUGUGUUCUUUGUCCCAGCAGUAAUAACUCUCUGCUGGCGUUCCCCGCGAGAAGAACCGGUCACGUCCAGAUUGUGGAUCUUGCAAAUACUGAACGGGCACCUCUUGAUAUCUCGGCUCAUGAAGGACAUUUGGCAUGCAUCUGCUUAAAUUUACAAGGCACAAGAUUAGCCACGGCAUCGGAAACGGUAUUGCCUUAGUUGUUGUUAUGUAGACACAUGGAAAUGGCAGAACACUCUUUUACAAGAUUAGCCACGGCAUCGGAAACGGUAUUGCCUUAGUUGUUGUUAUGUAGACACAUAGAAAUGGCAGAACACUCUUUUCUGAAGUUGCUGUUGUUUGCCUGAAAUGGCAGAACCCUUUUCAAAUGGCAAAACUCCUUUUUCAAAUGGCAGAACACUCUUUUCAAAUGGCAAAACUCCUUUUUCAAAUGGCAAAACUCCCUUUUCAAAUGGCAAAACUCCUUUUUCAAAUGGCAGAACUCCCUUUUCAAAUGGCAAAACUUCCUUUUCAAAUGGCAAAACUCCCUUUUCAAAUGGCAAAACUCCUUUUUCAAAUGGCAGAACUCCCUUUUCAAAUGGCAAAACUUCCUUUUCAAAUGGCAAAACUCCCUUUUCAAAUGGCAAAACACCCUUUUCAAAUGGCAAAACUUCCUUUUCAAAUGGCAAAACACCCUUUUCAAAUGGCAAAACUCCUUUUUCAAAUGGCAAAACUUCCUUUUCAAAUGGCAAAACUCCCUUUUCAAAUGGCAAAACACCCUUUUCAAAUGGCAAAAUUCCCUUUUCAAAUAGCAAAACACCCUUUUCAAAUGGCAAAACUUCCUUUUCAAAUGACAAAACACCCUUUUCAAAUGGCAAAAACACCCUUUUCAAAUGGCAAAACUCCCUUUUCAAAUGGCAAAACUCCCCUUUCAAAUUAGUGCUGUGCAAACUCCGGUUUUUAUCUCCGGAGUGCUGUGCAAACUCCGGUUUUUAUCUCCGGCUCCGGCUCCGGCCGAAUUACAGCUCUGAGCUCCGGCUCCGGCCACAUCAUAAAAUAUUAAAUAAAUAUUUUACGAUCAGAGAACAUUUAUUAAUAUUAUUAGGAAUAACCCUUUUCGCGCUUCCUAAUUAUCAGAUAACAUAAUUCAGGAAACAAAACAGUGAAAACACUUAAGACUUAACCACGCAGAAAAUAUCUAUAUGGAAACCAGCCUCGAAAAAUCUUUGACACGAGGCAUGACGCUAACACUCUCGGACUCCACAGCGCAAUUGUUCGCACGCAAACAAAGUACUCUGCCAUUUUCAAAAGGUAGAUAUUUAUUUGUUUUGUACUUUUUCGUUAUCUACAAGGCAUGAAUACACAGACUACAGUAUGUAGCGGUAAGUCAGAUGGCUUCAUGAAAGCAUGACGUUUGUAAGUUGCGAUCGUAUUACAGCUUUUCGACGCUGUUCCUGUGGGCUGUGGCAGUUUGAGUCUACGAUGAAUUCAUUAACAGCAAUUGGCAAUUUGCAGUAACUAACAAUCGUUUGACAUUUGUCUCAUUUCAUAUUGUUUUCUUGUCAUUUUGCCGGAGCCGGGAAUACGUAACUCCGGCUCCGGGCUCCGGCAUACAAAAUUCUGCUCCGGCUCCGGCGUCGGAAAAACCGCCGGAGCUCCGGCAGAACUCCGGCUCCGGCAACUCCGGCGCACAGCACUAUUUCAAAUGGCAAAACUCCCUCCGGGCUCCGGCAUACAAAAUUCUGCUCCGGCUCCGGCGUCGGAAAAACCGCCGGAGCUCCGGCAGAACUCCGGCUCCGGCAACUCCGGCGCACAGCACUCUUUUCAAAUGGCAAAACUCCCUUUUCAAAUGGCAAAACUCCCUUUUCAAAUGGUAAAUCUCCCUUUUCAAAUGGCAAAACUCCCUUUUCAAAUGGUAAAUCUCCCUUUUCAAAUGGCAGAACUCCCUUUUCAAAUGACAGAACACCCUUUUCAAAUGGCAGAACACCCUUUUCAAAUGGCAAAACACCCUUUUCAAAUGGCAAAACUCCCUUUUCAAAUGGUCAAACUCCUUUUUCAAGUGGCAGAACUCCCUUUUCAAAUGGCAAAACUCCUUUUCAAAUGGCAGAACUCCUUUUCGAAUGGCAGAACUCCUUUUCAAAUGGUAAAACUCCUUUUCAAAUGGCAGAACACCCUUUUCAAAUGGCAAAACUUCCUUUUCAAAUGGCAAAACACCCUUUUCAAAUGGCAAAACUCCCUUUUCAAAUGGCAAAACUUCCUUUUCAAAUGGCAGAACACCCUUUUCAAAUGGCAAAACUUCCUUUUCAAAUGACAAAACACCCUUUUCAAAUGGCAAAAACGCCCUUUUCAAGUGGCAACAUACAUGUUAGUUUAUACCUUCGAACAGUUUGUGUCAGCAUAGCAAUACCAGAAAACGUGAAACAUACGGGAUUGAGAAGGAUUUAACUAUGUUAAAAAUACAAAUAAGUAAAACUUCUAAGAUGCUUCAAGCGAAGGCCCUUCAUUGGGAAAUUAGUAUACACCCUUCUUUGUGGACUUUAUACCUUCAUUACUAAUAACUCAUUUAAUUAAAAGCUUGGUAAAUAAUGCAUAUAAAAUAUUGUAAUGUAAUUGUUUUAGGGAACGCUGAUUCGCGUUUUUGACGUCGGAACUGGUGAACUGCUCAAUGAACUCAGAAGAGGCUCUGGAAAUGCCAAUAUAUUCAGGUAAAAUAAAAUUGUACAAUAUAAAAUCCACUGUAUUUUUGGCUCGGAACUCAUGCUUCUAUGCAAUAAACUGUAGCAUACGCUGGUUAUGUAAAUCUCGCUUUUGUCAACAAAUUGUUGAUUUCCAGGAAGUUGUUGCAAUAACAAAGGCCCCAAUACAUGUUUUUAAUUUUGCAGUAUAAAUUUUAACCACGAUUCAUCGUUACUGUGUGUAUCAAGUGAUCACUGGACUGUACAUAUCUUUGAAGUUGAGGACACUAAGAAAUCUAAACAGUCAAGGUAAUUGAAUGCGAACAGGCUGCCUAAUGAGUAUUAGUAUAAACCUACUAGUAGGCUAUCACAUAUCGUGCCUUCUGAUUGGCUACGCUACUAGUAGGCUAUUAGUGAUAGCCUACUAAUAGAAAAUUCAAAAUCGCGGAAAAUUCGCGUUUUGCACUUUUGCCGAAGUGUCUGAUGAUUUUUUGGACGACUUGUUGAACAAUUCUGUACUAAAAAAACCCCGAAAAAAGCAACAAAAAUACGGAAUGGCAAUUUUUAAGGGUAAGAAAAUAGACGAAAUAACAUACACUCAAUGAAAUUUUAAAAUUAAAACUGAAUUUUGUAAAACAUUUUACGCGAACAACAACUAAAAUAUUUGUUUACCUUUAAUGGUUUUAUAAUGUUUUUUGUGUAUUUUUGUAUUGUGUUUGCAGCCUAGUUGUAAAUUAAUGUUAAAGUUUAUACUAAAACAAUUAGACAACUCGGCCUCGUUGUCUAUGAGCAAAUAGUCAACUCGGCUUCGCCUCGUUGACUAUUCGCUCAUAGACAACUCGGCCUCGUUGUCUAAUUGUUAAAUGGUGCUCUUGUUCUAAAUUCGGCAGCUUAUAGCCUUAUAUCUCUUUUCUUUAUUUGCUACAGUGGUUUCCGUCCAUUAAAAUAUUUUAAUUCAACCUGGAGUUUCUCGCGGUUUCGUGUUCCUGAGGGAGCGCCGUGCAUCUGUGCUUUUGGCAAUGACAAGAAUACUGUUAUAGGUAAGUUAGUAUAUUAGGUCCAUAUAUAGGUAAGUCACGUAAGGAUUUUUAUUGAUCCAAUCUUACUACAGGAAGAACCAAAGCUCGCAGAGGAAAUGUGACUGAAACAACUUCUUAUUGCAGGGCUUGAAAUAUCAGCCGAUCAAUAUCAGCAAAAAAAAACACGUUUAUGAUCGACAGAAAAACACGAUUUUCAAUGAGAAGGAGUAGGGAAACUCAUGACUGCUAAUCACCAUGUUAGGGAAAUUUGGGAAUUGUAUAUCAAGCCCUGUUACUGAAUAGCUUUGCCAAAAGUAGAUUCCAGGUAUGGCCCCUAAAUUUUGGGCACCUCACUUGAUAGAACAAAAUGAAGGGAUUUUGUGGAUGGAAAUCUCCAAACAUAGGCGCACAAGAGAAUACUGAAAUCAGACAUGAGCAUAAUCAGACAUGAGCAUAAUCAGACGUAAUUGUCUAAUUUUUCAGUAAUAUUUUGUAAAUUUAUUUAAAUUUUUCCUACAACUAUUACUUUUCAAUCCGAGACACUCAAAUAUUUUCAAAAUUUGCCGGACAAAAUUGUAUGGAUAUACCCGACGAGAUAGAGACUGGGAGGGGGUGUCACCCCCCACCACACAUAGUUUCGCCCCCACCCCCUUACAAUCACUCACGCACGAUUCUACCUCUUACAGCUAUCUGUGCGGAUGGCAGUUAUUACAAAUUCGCGUUCAACACAAAAGGGGAAUGUACGAGAGACGCUUAUGCACAGUUCUUGCAGAUGACUGAUGGUGACUAGCUGGUGGUACACUAACCACAGUAUGCAUGGUGGUCAAGCAAUGGUAUAUUGUCUUCACUGUCGAACUGGUCCGUAAGUCUACAAAUAAUUUAACUGUAGUGUAUAUAUAAAAUGAACUACAACCUUCAUGAAUUACUACACUUUCACAAAAUUCUUGCCCUUCCUAAAAAUUUACUUUCAACACAGGGAAAAAAAUAAAAUUUCCAUUAAUGAGUUUGUGAAUGUAAGAUCUGAACUCAUAUCAUUAUGUACUGUACUAUUUAAAACAUGAACAGCUCUGUUUUAUCAGAUAUAAAGAUACGAGACGAAGACGAGUUUCUUUAGGUCUGAUAAAACACGCCCUGCGAAUGUUUUAAAUUGCUUUAAAAACGAUCGAUCUAGUAGGUUCAUUGACGAAGUAAUUUUCAAAAAAUAUGUUCUGUAAGUCGAUAAAAUCAAAGUUAAUUUAAAGUUUAUGUAAAUCAAGGGAAAUCUCUAUCACAAAAGAUACGACACGCUUAUGAUUUUUCUUUGUGUUUUCCUCAUGAAUUAUUAAUGAUUUUUUGAAUGGUUAUUACAAAUUCCCCGUAUAUGGUAAAUUUGUAAAAUCCAUCAUGUUUAAUACUUACCAUUAAUGGUAUUUUCCUGUGCACAGGAAAAUACCUUAAAUGGUAAACAUUAAAAUCAUGCUUUUUACCAAUUUAUCAUAUGAGAAAUCUAUAAUAACCAAUAAUGAUAAGAUUUCAGUUUUUACAUUGAUAGUACAUGGUGCUUCUUUAAAAACCAUUCAGAAACCCAUUAAUGGAAAUUUAAAUUUUUUCCUGUGCCAAGAAAGUGUGGUAUUCAUGCAUGGACGAUUUUUGACCAAUGAACUUUCGAGUUAAUGUAGUGAACUGUAAAAAGGUAGUACAUUGUAUUUUUAAACAUUUUUGAUGAAUUUUCACAUAAGUGCAUGCGUGAUUUUGAUAAUGUGACAUCAAGCCGGAGUUAAACUGCUUUGAACAGUUUUUUCUACUAAGUCAAAAAUAAUUAUACAUAGUGUGACUCAAUUUUACAAAAUCUCUAGGCUAGAUUAUAAGUGUAAUGUUAUUAAUUGUGAAAUAAUAUAUUGAAUUAUGAUCAUUCACAAUCAAAGACUCUCUAGUUAAAAUCAACGAAUAAUUUUUAAAAUCUUAAAUAAUUUCAAAUUUUCUUUGACUGUUAAAAACCUGCCAAUAAAAUAUUUGAAUACGAGUCUUUGCUAAAAAAAGGUUCUGUAUGUUGUUUUGCUGGUGAAAUGACUGGUAUCUUCAGCUGCUAAUCUGUAUUAUGUAUACAGUGUAUUUACUGUAUAUAGUGUGUUUUUGUUUUGUAAUCUAUGACUAUAUAGUCACAUAAUUUUAUUUAGGGGCUGUGCCUUGCAUGGGUCUCAAAUUCCCAUUUGCUAACUUUGUGUUCAAUAAAGCUGAUAGAAUGAAAUAAAAAAAAAAAAACAGAACAUUAAUUUCAGUAUAUUGUCCCAAACCUGUCAGGCGUAAGAAUGAGGUCGUUUGAAACUGACGUCAUUAUAAAAGGACGCCAUUCGAAAACGACUUUGAAACUUUGCAAAAGUUUGCAUUAAACACGCAUCAAACUAAUUAUUGUAUAUUAAUCACUUAGGCCGCGUUUACACUAUAACGCUUCGGUUAGCACUCCGUUAAAAAAUCUCUACGUUUAUAGUAUUGUGUUUACACUAUAACGGAGUAGUUUGCCGUACAGGCCUUAAAAUAUCGGUCGGUCACGGACAUUGUCCGACCCAUUCGUGAAAUUGAGGUUUAUUAGUGUUUGUCCGACCCGAGUGUAUUGGUGUCCGACCGAACUGUAGCUUUGUCCAACGUAAAUCAAAAUGUACCCUAUAGGCCAGGACUAGAGGCAGACUUGUAUGUUAAAUGGAAAAUCAGAGUACUAUUGUAUAAAAGGUCAACUGGAAAUGUUGUUUUAACGUAGUCGAGCGCGGGGCGGCGAGCGAAAUGGUGAAGUGGAAAACGGGCUUAAGUUGUCGAAGUCUUUUUGACACUGCUGUUCUGGCAAGCAAGUUAAUUUUGGCUUGGAAAUAAGUGUGAAAGAAACAAAUUAUUUAAUAUCUUUACUGUAACAACAUUUACCGUUUAUUCAUUUGUGUCAUUCAGACUUAUUUCCGAGUCAAAAAUGAACUGAAGUUCCUCGGACGUAUGUCCGACCCAAACUCAACGUCACCGGACAUUUUGUCAGACGGCCCUGGAAAAGAUAUUUUAAGGCCUGCCGUAGCGUAUUAAGGUACCGUUACACUUACACUAAUACGCUACGCUGGCGCUCCGUUAAAAAUCACUACGUUUAUGACUAUAGUGUUUACACUAUACGGAGUGGUUUGCCGUAGCGUAUUACAGUAAGUACGGACCACUAUACGUUUGGCACUCCGGAUGCAAAUCACUACGCUACGGCAAACUUGUCGUAUAGUGUAAACGCGGCCUUAAUGUAUUACAGUAAAGUGCCUUUUAAUCCAAAAGUAACUCGCUAUAAUGUGUUAACUAGGAAAUCACUCUGACUGGUUAAUGUAAUCUUAUAUUCAGGCCUAUAUAAACAUAAGAAUAUAAAUAUAGCUGUCAUUUUUGUCACUGCAUAAUUUAUUGUAUAAAAUUAAAGACGAUAUUUUGCAGGCUUUUAGACAAGAAUUACUUACGCUUGACAUUGCCUAUAUUGUUUCACUGCCGUGAUAAUUAUUUAAUGCAUGAAAAACUCAAUGAUAUUAGGACUGAACGAGAC